AACUAGGGUUACCUCGUAAACGAAUAUGCACUCUUCUUCCUUGGCCGAAAACGAUGCAAUCCCUCGAAUCUUCCUCGCCGGAAACAACCGCAGCGCCGUCGUGAUGACCACAACACGAUUGUCUUCGUUCCCCAUUCUGCUCACGCUCUUCUUCUCCGAGCUCAGUUAUCUCUCGGUUCGAACUCUCAUUCAGUCCGUCUUCGAUUUGAAUCUCUCGAUCUCUCUCAUAUACGUUGCUAACAAUCAAACAAGCUCGGAGACCGGCGAUUCAUCCAUCGUGACAAAGACGAAUGAAGUUCAGAAACUCCUUCGCGACGGGGCGCGUAUGAAGAGUUUUGUUGGUGAUGAAUUCUGCAGAUUGUUGAUUGAAGUUGGAGAUGAUGAUUUGAUGAAGAUGAAGAAUGCCUCUGAAGUGUGUUACAGAGUGGAGAAUGGAUAAUUAUUGGUGUUUGAUUGAAGGUGAUCAGAAAAAUGGUGGAGCAGGGAGAAGAGAUGAAGAUGAUGAACGGUUGAAGGUGAGAAAAUGGUAGAGGAAAGCUGACAAAAUGAUGAAGAUGGGGGAAGAAGAUCUGUGGAGAAUUGA